UUAAUAAAUGUCUUCAUGUCUUGACAGCAGGGACAGCUUUGUGUCCACGGUGCUGGAGGUGUUUGCUGAUGUCCCAGGUGGACAGCUGACGCACCUGAAUGUGAUUUAUUCACACAUGCUGGAGACAGACGUCACCACUCUCACUGGACAGCUCUCACUGCUGACUAAAUAUGGACAAUGUCCCCGUGUGGAUCCCGCUGAAAAAAAGAGUGGGCUCGUCAGCUGCUGUUCAUCCUCGAGCUCUCCCCGAGCCGCUCAGACCAGUCCACCUCCGUCCCUGUCCCACACCGGAUCCUCCGUCCCUGUCCCACGCCGGCUCCUCUGUUUCUGUCCGGACUAACUGCUGCUGAGAGCCACAACCUGAGCAAACAUGGAGGCCAUCAAGAAGAAAAUGCAGAUGCUGAAGCUGGAUAAGGAGAACGCGAUAGACCGGGCAGAGCAGGCUGAGGGGGACAAGAAAGGAGCAGAGGACAAAUGCAAACAGCUGGAGGAGGAGCUUCUGGGUCUGCAGAAGAAGCUGAAAGGAGUGGAGGAUGAGCUGGACAAAUACUCCGAGUCGCUGAAGGAUGCCCAGGAGAAGCUGGAGCAGGCAGAGAAAAAGGCAACAGAUGCUGAGGCAGAAGUGGCAUCUCUAAACAGGCGUAUCCAGCUGGUUGAGGAGGAGUUGGACCGUGCUCAGGAGAGACUGGCUACUGCUCUGCAGAAGCUGGAAGAAGCUGAGAAAGCUGCAGAUGAGAGCGAGAGAGGGAUGAAGGUCAUAGAGAACAGAGCAUCAAAAGACGAGGAGAAAAUGGAGAUCCAGGAGAUGCAGCUGAAGGAGGCCAAACACAUCGCUGAGGAGGCCGACCGCAAAUAUGAAGAGGUUGCCCGCAAACUGGUGAUCCUGGAGGGUGACCUGGAGCGUUCAGAGGAGCGCGCUGAGGUGGCUGAGGCUAAAUCAGGUGACCUUGAGGAAGAGUUGAAAAAUGUCACCAACAACUUGAAGUCACUGGAAGCCCAGGCUGAGAAGUACUCACAAAAGGAGGACAAAUACGAAGAAGAAAUCAAAGUUCUCACUGACAAACUGAAAGAGGCUGAGACCCGUGCAGAGUUUGCAGAGAGGUCUGUGGCCAAGCUGGAGAAGACCAUCGAUGAUUUGGAAGAGAAACUUGCCCAGGCCAAAGAAGAGAACCUGGACAUGCACCAGGUGUUGGACCAAACCCUUCUGGAGCUCAACAAUCUAUAAAGACAUCUUCAGAGCUAGAUGACUGACAGCAGCAAAAAAAAAAAAAGUUGAAUCUCCUACACUCGUACAGAUGGAAUCUGUGUGACUAUAGCAGUUAAAAAUAGGUCAAUGAGGAUUGGUUCAUAUGUAAAUGUAUGGAGCCCCUGAAUUGACAUAAGCAACAAAGUGUUUAUUGCAGACUGACAGCUGUUUUGUGUGCUCUACAAACGGUUGCAUGCAGAAAUAAUCUUAUAAUAAUUAUAAUAUUUCUUUCAUAUCUCAAUUGGAGAAUCAGAUCAGAACACAAGGCAAUGACAAACUUUUGACCUUUUAUUUUGAAGGUCUUUUUUUCUACUUUGCAACAUGCAACUUGUAUGAAUGUCUAUUAGGUGCUUUAAAAAGUCAUCAUCAGAUUAAUACAAUUACCAAUAGAACAAACUAAAUGUAAGAGUGGGAUUGAUUUUUCUAAAAGAUGAAUUGAAUAAAGUGCUGUGAUCUGUAAAACUGACAUCUAACCUAACUGAAUAAAGGUUUUAUAUAUUCUGAAAA